AUGUGGACCCAUCGUAGAAGUGAAGAUCCGACACCAACUGAAGUUGCUUGUUACUGGAAAAAGUCUCGAUUAUCAGGCAUUGGAACCGUAAUAAAAUAUAUUGAAGCUGAAAAACUGACGAAAAAAACCUCUGAUACCUUAGUUGACAAUUUACCGGAUAAUAGUACAUUUCUACAAGAAGUAAUUCAAUUUGCCAAGAAUCACCAAAUAAAUUCUCAAAUUGGGCAAUUAAAUUUUGAUUUAGAAGACAGAAAAGCUUACAAUUUAUCGUUACAUCAACUUAUUUUUGAUUUUAAUCAAAAUACAGAUUUGCAGGUUGCACAAUUUUUAAAAUUUGCUGAAACUAAAAUGGAAGAAGCUGUGUGUGAAGAAGCUGAACGACUAACGAAACAGCAAAGUGAAUGUACCAUUUGGCAUGAGCUUCGUUAUGGACGUAUUACUGCAUCAAAAUUUUAUGAAGCUGCUCAUUGUAAAACUGAUAACGGUUCAUUAGUUCAACAAAUUAUUGGUGCGACCAAAGUUCAUGAGACAAGUGCUAUGACGCGAGGGAAAGAAUUGGAAAAAGAUGUAAUCAAAGUUCUUGAGAAAGAAUUAAGAGUACAAAUUACGCGUCCGGGGAUGUAUCUCGUACCUAGUCACCCGGUUUUUGCAGCAUCUCCUGAUGGAAUGACUAGUAAUGCCAUUGUUGAAGUAAAAAAAAUAAAUUGUCGUUAA